AUGGAGGCAAAGCUCAUCAGACAUCAGAAGGUUCACAGUGCAGAGAAGCCACAUCCGUGUUCUGAAUGUGAUAAAGCUUUUACAUGUAAGUCACGACUUAUUUUACACGAGAGGGUUCACACCGGAGAGAAGCCAUAUCAGUGUUCUGAAUGUGGGAAAGCUUUUACCCGUAAGUCACAACUUGUUUCACACGAGAGUGAUCACACCGGAGAGAAGCCGUAUCAGUGUUCUGAAUGUGGGAAAGCUUUUACACGUAAGUCACAACUUAUUUCACACGAGAGGGAUCACACUGGAGAGAAGCCGUAUCAAUGUUCUGAAUGUGAUAAAUGUUUUUUAUGGAAUAAAGAACUUAUUUCACACGAGAGGGUUCACACUGGAGAGAGGCCGUAUCAGUGUUCUGAAUGUGACAAAGCUUUCAAAAUAAAAUCACAUCUUAAUAGACACCAGAAGAUUCACACUGGAGAGAAGGCAUAUGCAUGUUCUGAAUGUGGCAAAGCUUUCAGAGACAAGACAAUUCUGAUCAGACACCACAGGAUUCACACUGGAGAGAAGCCAUAUCAGUGUUCUGAAUGCGGGAAAGCUUUUAGAGACAAGACAAUUUUAAUCGCACACCAGAGGGAUCACACUGGAGAGAAUACAUAUCAAUGUUCUGAAUGUGACCAAUGUUUUGUAUGGAAUGCACAACUUAUUGCACACCAGAGGAUUCACACUGGAGAGAAGUCAUAUCCGUGUUCUGAAUGUGACAAAUGUUUUGUAUGGAGAACACAACUUAUGAGACACCAGAGGGAUCACACUGGAGAGAGGCCAUAUCAGUGUUCUAAAUGUGAUAAAACUUUUAAAACAAAAACACAUCUUAAUAGACACCAGAUGAUUCACACUGGAGAGAAGCCCUAUCAGUGUUCUGAAUGUGACAAAGCUUUUAGAGAGAAGUCAAUACUAAUUGCACACCAAAGGAUUCACACUGGAGAGAAGCCAUAUCAGUGUUCUGAAUGUGACCAAUGUUUUGUAUUGAGAACACAACUUAUUGCACACAAGAGGGUUCAUACUGGAGAGAGGCCAUAUCAGUGUUCUGAAUGUGGCAAAGCUUUUAAAACACAAGCACAGCUUAUUGGACACCAGAGGGUUCACACUGGAGAGAAGCCGUAUCAGUGUUCUGAGUGUAAUAAAGCUUUUGCAUACAAGUCAGAACUUAUUUCCCACCAGAGAGUUCACACUGGAGAGAAACCAUUUAAAUGUUCUGAAUGUAAUAAAGACUUUGCAGCGAAGACAAGCCUUAUAUCACAUGAGAGGCUUCACACUGGAGAGAAGCCAUAUCAGUGUCCUGAAUGUGAUAAAUUUUUUACGUGUAAGUCACAACUUAAUUUACACACGAAAGUUCACACUGGAGAGAAGCCACAUCAGUGUUCCGAAUGUGAAAAAGCUUUUCCACGUAAGGCACAACUUUUUUUACACCAGAGGAUUCACACUGUGGAAAACCCAUUUCAGUGUUUUGAAUGUGAAAAAGCUUUUACUUGCAAGUCACAACUUAUUUUACACAAUAGAGUUCACACUGGAGAGAGGCCGUUUGAAUGUUCUGAAUGUGGCAAAGCUUUUGCUAAGAAGGCAAGUCUUAAUAGACACCAGAGGCUUCACACUGGAGAGAAGCCAUAUGAAUGUUCUAUAUGCGGCAAAGCUUUUGCAGGGAAGGGUAAUCUUAGAGCACACGAGAGGGUUCACACUGGAGAGAGGCCGUAUCAGUGUUCUGAAUGUGAGAAAACCUUUACAUGUAAGGCACAACUUAUUUUACACCAGAAGAUUCACACCGUAGAAAACCAAUUUCAGUGUUUUGAAUGUGGAAAAGGUUUUACAUGCAAGUCACAACUUAUCUUACACAAUAGAGUUCACACUGGAGAGAAGCUAUAUGAAUGUUCUGAAUGUGGCAAAGUUUUUCCUAAGAAGGCAAGUCUUAUAGCACACAAGGGGCUUCACAUUAAGGGGAAACCAUAUGAAUGUCCUGAAUGUGGCACGGCUUUUGCAACGAAGGGUAAUCUUAUAAGACACGAGAGGAUUCACAAUGGAGAGAAGCCAUAUGAAUGUUCUGAAUGUGGCAAAGCUUUUUCAGAGAGUGGUAAUCUUGUAAGACACAAGAGUAUCCACACUGGAAAGAAGCCACAUUAA